CCAAACCAAAACGAAAUCCAGAUAACAAGGGAAUCCACUUCUUCCGCCAAUGGCAGCGCCCCACCUGUGAAAAGCGGCACCGCGUCAGCAUCAUCUCCCUGAUGAGCUAUCUCUCUCCUAAUGGGGUCAGUGUCCCUCCCUCAGAAAAGUCUCUCGAUCGCUUUUUGCCCCCUUUUCAACCCCUCCCUCUCUUCCUCUCUCCGUUGUGGGGGAAAAUCAGACCCGGCAAAACAGAGCAGUGUGUCUGUGGGUGAAUAUGGCAUGUUAGGAGUCGGUGAGGGUGAAGCCAUAAGUAGCUAUGUGUCACACCAGCACCCCUCCUCCUUCUUCCGAUCUCAGCCCCAGUAACUCCAACUCCAUUCCCACAACCAGAGAUUCUCUGAGUCGUCUCGCAGCACCUCGCCGUAAGAACAGAACAAAAACCAGGAAGCCCAAGUUCCUGAGUCUUCGGCUCCAGCUCUCAUCAAAUCAGUCCGAUCCAAUGGCACAUCAUCAACAGCUCAACCUCUUCCCCUUACACCCUGAAAACUUGAUCCAUGACAGAGAUGUCAUGCACGACGACGGCAACGUCGCUUUGCUCUUCACUUCUUAUGGCCCCGCCACCCUCAACGGCCUUCUGGAACAGGACUCCACAACCACAACCACCACCACCACUAAUACCACCGUUUCGGAGGAGGAUUCUGUGUCGCCCCAGUGUUGGACGGCGUACCCCUUCCACAAGGAGAACGGGAGCGCGCUGGUACGUAAGGCCAUGAAGAGGAGGAGCGAGGAGGACGGAAGGGAGGAGAGGUGGGUGUGUUACUCGGAGGUCACAAGUUAUUGCAGCGCCAAUACGACGGAGAGCACCGCCGCCCCCUCGACGUCGUCCGGGUUGCUGUCAUUGAAGCUGAAUUAUGAGGGCAUAUUAAAUGCCUGGUCUGACAAAGGUCCUCUUUAUGUUCCGGCCGAGACCCCACACGCUGUUCCCGACUUCCUCGAUCAUGUCCUUCCACACCAUCCGCCCCACGUUGUAUGGGGGCAUAGCAGUGUGGUGGAGAAGGCGUGGGAAGAGAGCGAGAAGAAGGAGAAACGGAAGGAAGAAAUGGGACAAAGGGAGGCAAGCGUGUUAAGAUAUAAAGAGAAGAGGCGAAGCAGGCUCUUCUCCAAGCGAAUCCGCUACGAGGUUCGUAAGCUCAAUGCUGAACAGCGCCCCAGGAUGAAGGGACGAUUUGUGAAGAGGGACUGAGACGUGAAGCCUCUGGUGGCAGGGCAGGUACUCCUAAUAAGAAUUGACAACAACGUAGUUUGCCAAUAAUCCGGCGUCCUUCUACAAUAUUUGUUCCCUUUCGGGGGGGUAGAUUUGUUGAUUAUAUACAAUUAUUGUAAAUAUGGCAAUGCCAUGUAAGGAACAAUAAAUAGAUAAACAAGCAAGCAAAACAAAAAAUGAUGUUUCCUUAAAAUUAGCAACGGCAAGGAAUAAUAUGUUAAUGUGACGAAAAAGGGUAGAAGAGUACGGCAGCUUCGUUUUGAACACUUGCUGAUCCAUUUUAGUAGAUAUUUGCACUGUGGAGUGGAAAAGAAGAGAGAUGUUAAUAAGAACAAGGUAAAGGAUUGUGUUGAUGUGGAAGAGGAAGGGGAAUAAGCAAGGCAAUGUAUAUAUGGUGGGGAGUCUGUAAACUCAGUACUCCAUUCUCUUGUAUUCAAACUGUAUCAGCACUUAAUUAACUGAAAUAGUUUUAAGUGACGAUCGAAGAGUGAGAUAUGAUGAUCAUCUUGAUGUGUGUUCCAGUUUUAUUAUGGGUGUGUCUCAUUUGUGUUGCAGCCAUUGAGGUGAUAAUUAUCGCUGCUGUAUGCCCACGUAAUGACCACAUACACUGACACUUUUAUUUUCUUC